AUGUUUCAGGAAGAGAAAGCGAUCCUUCGAAGUACAGAGCGUGGCCCUCACAAGAUGCCGAGUCUCAACUUUGACUCGUUAGAUGGGAAAUUGGACGAGAAAAUGAAAACUUUUAAUCUCGAAGAAAAAGGCACAAAAAAAUAUUCAGCUGUUGAGUCGCAAGAAAUGCCGAAAGAACCCUCACCGCCACUGUCAACACUGUCAACACAGCCUGUUAAUAAAAAGUUUGAGAGCUUCCAAAAAGUGAAUCAAACGUCGUCAACGCAGAGUUUAAAUCUUCAUCUAGGAAAAAAAGCGGAAAUCGCUGGCGAAGAGGUCUACCGGAGUAAUUCGGAGGAAAAAGUGGGUAUGGGCCUUUACGAGACAGCAAAUAUCCUUUGCAACUUAGUUGAUAUCUCGCAUGAUUCGAUGCUUAAACGAUCACCAAACAUCAACGGACCAAAAGGAAAAAAAAUGGUACGCCAACGGACACAAGGAGAGAUGGAAAAAAGACCCUCACAAACGGGUCCUUUCUCUUCAAUCAAAGAGUCAACCGAGCAGCGCAAGAAAAUACGCGAAGAGGACAGUGAG